AUGACCUUCACUCUUUCAUUGCGGCAGGCCGCCUUUGGCUUUCUGCUAUUGAACUCGGUCGCUACCGCACAAUUCAGUAACGGUCACAACGGUGAGCUUGUUCAGAGGGAGUCGGCUGAGGACAAGCGGGGCCUUUUCGAUUAUGUCAAUGGCAUCGUCGAGCGCGUCAAUGCUGUCGCGGCAAGUGGCACUGCAGUGGCUGCCACCGAAACCGUACCUGCUCCUGCGCCUCCAACAGGCACUCCACCAGCACCUCCGGCCCCUCCAGCUAAUGGCACCGAAGCUGCACCGCCGCCACCUGCUGCCACUGAUGCUGCCGCUCCACCACCGCCUCCUGCAGCUAAUGGCACAGCCCCAGCACCUCCUGCCUUGAUUGCUGCUGACCCAGCCGCCAACGGCACGGCGCCUCCCCCUCCGCCGGCCAAGUCCGAUGCUCCUGCUUUGGCAGCUGUGCCACCGGCUCCCGAUGCCAACGGUACAGCACCGGCACCGCCUCCGGCCCCGGCUGCGGCCGACGUAAAUGGAACUGCACCAGCACCCCCGGCACCCCCCGCUGCUGCUGAUGUAAAUGGCACUGCUCCUGUCCCACCAGCCAAGGCGGAUGCAGGCCCAGCAGCCGCAACACCGCCAACGCCUCCUGCCGCGGCCGCCGCCAAUGGAACUGCUCCGGUUCCACCAGCAAAGGCAGACGUCGCUCCAGGUGCCUCGGCAGCAGCACCACCACCUCCUCCCGCCGCUGGAAACGCUACUGCCGCCGCGCUACCAGAUCCCGCAAAGAAGGCCAAGGCCGAUGGCAAGUCUGCAGCUGCCGCUCCGCCAGCAGCAUCAGCCCCAUCUGCUGCUACUCCUGCCGCCGGUACUCCUGCGGCGGCUGCUACCGUAGCUGCCCUCGCUGCUCCGGUGCCUCCAGCUGCGAAGAAAACCACGGGCAAGCGAUUCUUGCGCUAUUACCAGGCUUAG